CAUCGCCAUCGCCCGCACAAAGCCACUCUACCGCCUGCAUUCCGGACAUACCAGCAUUCGGCGAUUCACUGUGUGGUGAGGAUAGAACGUUUAAUUGAGAUUCAAGUUGACGGUGUUUUCCAAAGCUUACAUCUAGAAUUGAGUACUUGAUUCCAAACAUAACGUCCACGUCGGACUGUAUAUAUGGUCGCGUUUCCAGGUCAGCUAUUUUGCAACUGCCCUUCCAGAUCAAUUGCGACCCACCGUGUCUCGCUUCUGGGUAUAGUCGACGCCAAAUCUUGUGUCUACGGCACGAUCCUCGAUCUGUAUGAGGAGUCGCCACAUUUUGGUCAGCCUGAGGCAUCCAUAUCUUAACAAAGAAAUUCUGACAGGCGAUGCCAUGACGCUACCGGCAGUCAUGAUCAUUGCUAGGAAUGCGAGCAAAGUAACCUGCAUUGUCAAGAGUAUGAUACUGGCUCAGUGAGGUUCUGCAGUGUGAAGAUGGUUAUAAUGGAAACAGCUCAAUCUGUUGCUUUUUUAUAUCUUUCCUCGCUGACGGCCUUCUUUUAUCAAGGUGUGAUUUUUCGUGUUGCAUCAUUCCAGUGGCUUGCUUGGCUAUCGGUCUUGGCAACCCUGUACGCUCAACAGAAGAUGGGCGUCGUGCUCAGGCAAUGCUAAUAACACAGACACAAUGUCUAUUGGGACGUGUUUCCAUGGACCAACGCCUCGCCAACUGUCAUGAAAGGUUCCCUACUCCCACCCUUGGCCUCCUGUCCGCGUGAACGCCAUUCUCUGUGCCUAUUCAAAUCAAGAUAUAGUUCCAACACGGCGUCGAAACACGCGCCCUAAAUGCCGCGCUCCCAUUGUAAUUUAAAAGGUUAUGAAAAUUCCACCCGGUUGGUUACUACCUCCGUUGCGCUCUACCUUUACCUUGGCUAACGAUCCGUACAGCAUUCAGGCUAUAUUAUCUCUGUCGUCGCUUGCAGCUUCUCAGUUCAUCUCUUUCUAUGCCAGACACCGAGAGAUAUUCCCUUUUGCCCAGUAAUGAUUCUGGCCAUACCGAUGAUAAGACGGAUAACGAUACCUCCUUGCUGAAUGCCCCCGCUAUCGACCCUAGGAGGCAGCAUAGGCUCCUGUACUGGAUCAUCGUUGCGAUACAAAGCUUUAUAAUUUUGCUUCUGGUCAUCAAGCUCUGGUCCAAUAAAUGUGGUUGCGGAGUCUCCUCUCAGAUUCUAUACUCUCCUGCACAGUCAGUCCUCGAAUACUUACCGAUUACCUUUAGCAUGGGUGUUGGACAUCAAGCAACCGUUUACCAAGGCGACCCAUCAGACGAGGUUGACAAGGCUUGGGCGGACUUGUAUAACGACUUCGGAAUAUCAAAGAUACCUGAAUCACAGGCUCGACUGCUACCCAAUAAGACAUCUGCUAUCCCGGGAGAAGAUAACUACGUAGUGGCACUCUCGGUUUUUCAUCAACUUCACUGCCUCAAUUUAAUUCGUCGGAGCUUGCGACCAGAACACUAUGCAGACCCAGAAACCGGAGCCAUAGGGGGGAUAGCACCUGAAGACUUACCAGAACACCUCAAUCACUGCGUCGACAACAUUCGACAGAGUAUUAUGUGUUCCGCGGAUAUCAGCGUUAUUGUUUGGAAAUGGAACGACGCCGAGAAUACCGCGUUUCCAAGGAUGGACACAGUCCAUUCUUGUCGUAAUUUCAACAAGAUUGUGGACUGGGCGAAAGCUCACAGGAGUGGGGACUUCAACAUGAGUGUCCCUAUCAAGCCUAAUGUAUAGCACUGAUCCAAACAUCGGUCUGUCAGUCUAACGGAUGGUAACUGUCGUGCAAGAAUCUGUCUCUACGACUUUAAAUAAAUGGUCGCUACUUAAUGUAACCUUCAUGCAG